AUGCCACAAGCCAGUAAACCCCCGGCACCCAAGACACCCAUCAUUGAAGAAGAACAGAACAACACAGCAAAUUCCCAGAAACAUCCUUCCCGAAGAAGUGAGCUGAAGAGGUUCUACACCAUUGAUACUGGCCAAAAGAAGACCCUAGACAAAAAAGAUGGGAGAAGAAUGUCUUUUCAGAAACCCAAAGGGACUAUUGAAUAUACUGUUGAAUCAAGGGAUUCUUUGAAUAGUAUAGCCCUGAAAUUUGAUACAACGCCCAACGAACUUGUUCAAUUAAAUAAAUUAUUCUCCCGAGCAGUCGUUACUGGACAGGUUUUAUAUGUUCCUGAUCCUGAGUAUGUCUCCAGUGUUGAGAGCUCUCCAUCUCUAAGCCCCAUAAGUCCUCUGUCACCAACAUCAUCCGAGGCAGAAUUUGAGAAGACCACUACUCCUGAUGUAGUCCACCCAAAAGAAGCAACUCCCUCAUCUGCUUUUACUGCUAUUCGACCUGCACGAGUUGUGUCUUCAACUUCUGAGGAGGAAGAAGCAUUCACUGAGAAAUUUCUUAAAAUUAAUUGCAGAUAUAUUACCAGUGGCAAGGGUACAGUCAGUGGUGUAUUGCUAGUUACACCAAAUAAUAUAAUGUUUGACCCACAUAAAACUGACCCAUUGGUUCAAGAGAAUGGCUGUGAGGAAUAUGGCAUCAUGUGUCCAAUGGAAGAGGUGAUGUCAGCGGCAAUGUACAAAGAAAUUUUGGAUAGCAAAAUAAAGGAAUCCUUACCCAUAGAGAUAGAUCAGUUAUCAGGAAGGGACUUCUGCCAUUUAAAGAAAGUGACAAGAAGUAAUACUGAUGAAAUAGACUCAAGAAUCCGUGAUGCAGGUAAUGAUAGUGCCAGCACUGCUCCUAGGAGCACUGAGGAGUCUCUUUCUGAAGAUGUGUUCACAGAAUCAGAACUCUCUCCUAUUCGGGAGGAGCUUAUUUCUUCAGAUGAGCUGCGACACGAUAAAUCAUCUGGUGCGUCAUCAGAAUCUGUGCAGACCAUCACUCAGAGUGGAGUAGAGUGUUUGACCGUCAUAUCAGAAGCUGCUAGUACUCCCGAUCACUUAAAAUCUGGUUCUGGACAUACUGCCAAUGAAGUUGGGACUCUUUCUCUUAAAACUGGUUUAAAUCUUGCAAUGGCCACUAAGGAAGGAGAUCAGGCUACAGAUAAUCUUCAAAAAAUAUCAGGUCUUAAAGAACAAAGCACAGGUAUAAAAAAAGGUAACCAGGAUUUUCCUCUUAAUGAGAAUUCACUACAUCAAGAAGAAGUUGAAAAAGAAAGUAUGCCUUGUGGGGAAGCUAUAGAAUUUAAACAAAAGCAAGUUGUCAACAAAGGAAAACAAGGAAGGGAACAAAAUCAGGACUCAGAGACUGAGGUAGAAGAGCUACGGAAGCUCUGGAAAUCCCACUCCAUGCAACAAACUAAACAGCAAAGGGAGAAUAUUCAGCAGGUAUCACAAAAAGAAAUCAAGCAUAAAAUAGCAACAGCUGAUAUAGAAGGUUCUGCACUUUUAAAAGAAAAGAGAAGGCAUCGAUUGCAUAAGUUCUUAUGUCUCAGAGUCGGAAAACCUAUGAGGAAGACAUUUGUAUCUCAAGCAAGUGCAACAAUGCAACAGUAUGCACAGAGAGAUAAGAAACAUGAAUAUUGGUUUGCUGUGCCACAGGAAAGGACAGACCACUUGUAUGCCUUCUUCAUUCAGUGGAGUCCAGAAACAUAUGCAGAAGAUACUGGUGAAUAUACCAAAGAACCUGGAUUUAUAGUAGUAAAAAAGAUUGAAGAAUCUGAAACAAAUGAGGAUUCUACUAAUGAAGCAGCAGCUAGAGAAUGGGAGGUAGUGUCAGUGGCUGAGUAUCACCGCAGGAUCGAUGCUCUAAAUACUGAAGAACUGCGCACACUCUGCAGACGUCUCCAGAUUACUACGAGGGAAGACAUAAAUUCCAAGCAUAUUACUCCAGUGAAAGCAGACCUGGAAUCUGAAUCUUUUCGACCAAACCUAAGUGAUCCCAGUGAUCUCUUACUGCCAGAUCAAAUUGAAAAGCUUACCAAGCAUCUUCCACCAAGAACAAUUGGCUAUCCAUGGACUCUUGUUUAUGGUACUGGGAAGCAUGGCACAAGCUUGAAGACCCUUUAUCGAACAAUGACAGGUUUAGACACUCCAGUGCUGAUGGUGAUUAAAGACAGUGAUGGGCAGGUUUUCGGUGCAUUAGCAUCUGAGCCAUUUAAAGUGAGUGAUGGCUUUUAUGGUACUGGAGAGACCUUUGUUUUUACAUUCUGUCCAGAAUUUGAGGUCUUUAAGUGGACAGGAGAUAAUAUGUUUUUUAUCAAAGGAGACAUGGAUUCACUUGCUUUUGGUGGUGGAGGGGGAGAAUUUGCCCUGUGGCUUGAUGGAGAUCUCUACCAUGGAAGAAGCCAUUCUUGUAAAACAUUUGGGAAUCAUACACUUUCUAAGAAGGAAGAUUUCUUUAUCCAAGACAUUGAAAUCUGGGCUUUUGAAUGA